AUGUACAGUGAGUGGUACUCUCAUCUGCUACCUUACUACUCGUUUGAUCAGUUUGUUCAUAAAGUCCAACGAGUCGCUUCUACUAAGCGUGUCAAGUGUGUAAUUAGUCAUGGUGCUCUCCUUGGCAUUUUGAGCCUUCUGCUUCACAACCAUAAGAAGAGCAUUAAGAAGGAAUCUUGCUGGACAAUCUCAAACAUCACUGCUGGAAACAGGACUAGAUUCAGAGAUUUAUGUGUUCAUCUUGCUGUGUGUGAAGCGGGGUUGAUUUGCCCCCUCGUCAUUCUGCUUCAGAAUGCAGAGUUUGAUAUAAAGAAAGAAGCUGCAUGGACAGUAUCAAAUGCAACGUCUGGCGGUUCUCCUGACCAGAUCAAGUGUUACAUACUAACCAUUUAAGAUGAUCAAUAAUUUCUUAAAUUUUCCUACUUAAAUAUAAUAUUGUGAAAUAUGAGCAAUUUAUAAGGGAUAUCUUCUCUAUUAAAAGAGAAGUACCAAAUUUAUCUACUAUUUAGAAGUCAUAUUGGACCAUGUUAUUAAUUACUUAAUUGACAUAUUUUAUUGUUACAUUAACCAGUCAAAUAUAUAUGAUUUUCACAAUAUCUUAAUAACU